CCAACACGGAAAUCUGUGAUGUUCGGAACAAAGGGACCCUCCGAGAUAGACACCGGCACAGAAGCCCUGGCUCAAGAGGUUCAGGUCCAGGCGCCAGAAGACGCGCAAUGGGAACUCGACGAGGCACAAGACGAGCUCUGCAAUGUGGACAAUUCACCAAGCCAUCACCAAGAGAUAGGGGAUGCUACCAACCUGGGCCAGGGUCUCAUCGACCGGCACCCUCCACCGCUGUAUCCGGGAACCGGAGCAAGGCUGCCCAAACCCGUCAUCUUGCCUCAGCGAAGACCCAAGACACGGAAACGAGGAUUCAUCAGAGCGUAUGCCCCAGCCUUGAAUGACGUUGGCAUAGACCAGGAAAUGUUUCUGGACUUCCUUGAGACGUUUCACAGCUCCACGCAAGCCUCGCCAUGGCUUGACGCUAUCAACCUUGCCAGUAUGGGCCUCUCUCUCAUCCCACACUUCCCCAUGGCCGUGGGCAUAGCCAUCCAGGUCUCGAUCAUGGCAGCGAAAUCUGUUCAAAACAGAACACGAACAAAUGCCUAUUUCAACAAGGCAAACGACGAAUUCUUUCGGCCGCGGGGCUUGUACUGUCUGAUUAUGACUUACAGCCCCGACACGGAUGAGUCUCGUGAGAAGACGGACGUUUCUUCCACCAUUGCAAAAUCCCUGAACCCAUCCACCAGCCAAAAGCUAUACGGCAAGUUCCGGGAGUCCAGCGGAAAGACAUUCGGAGAAGUCGAGCUGCCAGAAGCUGCACCCCUUAUCUUCCCAGUCCUCGACCAGACAGCCACAGAGAGCGACCAGUCGAAGUCGAAAAAGGCUAAAGUAGAGGGAGCUCAGGACUAUGUGAGGGACUACUUUGACAAAAGGGCUCAAGCAAAGUUCGUCUUCAAGAAUGCCGGUAGCGCUCUCAUUCAAGGUCCAGCGCCCAAAUUCACCUCUCGGUAUGCCGAUCCAAACCAUCCUGCUAGUAGCGGAUCGUUUCGAUCGCUUGUGACAGGAGGUUAUAUCAAUCCCCCUUCAAUGAGUCGCCAACAACAUCUCGCUGGUGCUGUGAGUAGUUGGUGUGCGGAUUGGGAUGGACGACAGCCAACAGGCCACUACACGCUCAAAGACCAUGUAUUUCAGACGGGAGGGAUGCGCUCAGCCGGCCCAUCGAGGGCUGAACAUGUUCCAUAUGGCACGCAGAAACCUGAUUCGUGCACUCGGGAUGCCGGCCUAGGUGGUUUGUCAAGGCGAGGCGCAGACCGCGACAACAUCCAAAUAGGGCCUCUGUCAGUUCCCACGGCGGGAACAGUCGCGAAGAAGGCUCUUAAAAAGAACAUACUGUACCUCAUGAUCGUCAACAUGCCAUCGGACGAAGAGCUGGUGCAGGCGGCUGAGGAAAUUGAGCGCCGAAGAAGCGAAGGCACCAAGAUGCCUAGCAUCUUGAAGAGGUUUCAAUAUUAA